AAAAAAUAUCUGAUCUCAUGAUGAAAACAUUCUCUUGCAUGGAUUACAAUAAAAGCUUGGAAAAAUCUUGCCAACAUCAUUAUUUGAAAUCAUUUGUGUUUGUGUGUGAAAUUAAAUAGAAAAAAAACUCAUCAGUGAUCAUUAUGAUUAACAUCAAGAUUUUCGUUAUUACUGUUUUAUUGGUGGUGAUGGUUGAAGCCCGUUCUUAUCGUGGUUUUGCACGAUCACAACCAUUGGUAGCAUCAUAUUCGGCACCAUCCGCUUCACGUUCAGCUCGACAAACAGAACCUGAACCAUCACCCGAACCAUAUAGUUUUACCUACGAAACUACAGAUGAAUAUGGAAUGACAUUGAGUCGUACAGAAUCCGGUGAUGCACAAGGUAAUGUUAAAGGAUCGUAUAUGUAUCGUGAUCCAGAAGGAGUUUAUCGUACUGUUGAAUAUGGUGAUAGUGGUGAUGGUUUCAGUGCUCAAAUUCAAACCAAUGAACCAGGUGUCAUUUCACAUAAAGCUGCUGAUGCUGAAUAUUUUAAACAAUAAAAUUUAUAAUUCAAAACUGCAA